AUGGCAUAUUGUUGUGGGGAGCCAGAGUGAUUGCUCCAAGCAAAGGUCACUGUUAUAUACUGGCUAAACUCCACCAGGGCCAUCCAGGGGUCUUCAAAAUGAUGAUGUUAGCAAGAAGUUAAUGGCCUACAGCCUUGUUAGAUGCCAAGUUGUCACAGUUCUUAUUUGAUUAUAGGACCACCCCAUGUGCAAUCACAGGAAUACCACACUGGCAGAGUUGCUGAUGGGUAGAAGAUUCUGCACCAGAUUAACUGAUCUUCCCAGACCUGGGGGUGGAGGGUGAAACGACAUCAGCAACAUCAAUACCAGACACGAUACUCAGAGAGAGAUGGCUUUGAUACAAGGGACGAGGUUUGAUGUAAGAAUCACAGAAAUGGCCUUGCAUGGGUAAGAGGCAUGAUCAACACAAGGUCAGGACCAGUGAUGUAUAAAGUUCAGGGUAGGUGCGAUGGUCCUGAACAAGCAGGUGGACAAUAUGAAAGCCACGGGUUUACAACCAGUGUAAGAGCAAAACUUGCCCUGGCCUUAGAACAGUCAGAAAGGCUGCGGGAACCCAAGGGUUCACCCUCGCCAUCAAGCAUUUUCGAGUCCUCAGGAUCCAAGAUGGACGUGACCUUAAUACCUUUGUCAUGGAAGAAGAGAGCAAAAUUCUGCUGGGGGGCUCCUGGUGCAAGAGGUAUGCUCUUGUACCAAAAGGGGAGACUCCAGAUGUUCGAGUUGGUCACACUCUCACAUAUGUACCAGAUACCUCUGAGGAAGGGAAAGUCAUUAUAGUUGGAGGAGCAAAUCCUAAUGGAAGUUUUUCUGAUGCCUAUAUAUUAGAUCUGGGCAAACAUGAGUGGAAUGUACCAGAGUGGAAGGGGUUACUUCCACGAUAUGAGCACUCCAGCUUUAUUUCAAUGAGCAGACCUGGUGACCUCUGGCUAUUUGGUGGGGCAAAUGAAUGUUCAAACAGGAACUGUGUUCAAGUUUUGAAUUUCGAAACUGGUUUGUGGAGAAGUCCAGCAGUAAAUGGCACUCCACCAACACCCCGGACAUGUCACGGUUCUACUGCAGCUAUUGGAGAUUGCCUUUAUGUGUUUGGUGGUGGAGACAAAGGAGCAGAACCUGUACCAGAUACACAACUCUACGUGUUUGAUAAAGCCACACUUAGCUGGUCACAGCUAUCAACAGAAGGAAACCCACCAGAUGCAAGACAUGGCCAUGUGAUGAUUGCUGUGGGUAGCAAAUUGUUCAUCCAUGGAGGAUUAGCAGGGGACAAAUUCUUUAAUGAUAUGUAUGUAAUUGAUACAGCUGUAGUUAACAUGAGAUGGAAAAAAGUAAAAAUGAAGGGUGACAUCCCAAGAGGCUGUGCAGCUCAUUCUGCAAUUUAUCAUGGAAAGUACAUCUUCAUCUUUGGUGGUAUGGAUGUCACAGGAGCUUUGAAUACCAUGUAUAAAUAUCAUGUUGAAAUGAGCUGCUGGACACACUUGGAAUUUGGUUCCUCCCUCCCAACAGGACGGCUGGAUCAUGCCAUGUGUGUGAUACCCUGGAAAAUAAGAAUGGAAAAUGACACUUCCACUCCUGCAGCAAACAGUAUUGAUGAACUGUCAUCAAAGGUGAAUAAACAGGAGGAAUCUAACCUGCAAAGUAAGACUGAUGUAAAUCUUGCGCCAAGAAAUUGUACAGUGGUUCAAAACCAAACAGAGAACAUUGUGAAUCUAUGCUUGGUUUUUGGUGGAAUGGACACUCGGGGAGAAAUUUAUAAUGACUGUUUUGUCACACUUAUUGAUGGGUAUUAAUUGUGUAUCCCUACUCUUAGCAUAGUUACCAUUCAUUUGCAAAACAACUCCCCCAACAUGAUUUUGUAAUAGUAGUGUGGAUGCUGGAAGUGCUCAGUACUGGCAGCACGUGGUAAAUACCAACUUCUCCAGCAAGAAUUUCUAGCCUCUUUAAACUCUACCAAUUCAUUCUUUCCUUAAAAAGUCUAUAAUACUAAAUAUUGUAAUGUUUUCCAAUCCUCAACUUUUCCUUAACUUAGAGAUGUUCUGAAAUUAUUUUCUGCCCCACUGAUAGUGGAACUAGCACACUUAGUGAACAGGACCAUGGUACAGUUUAUGCUGUGACAAAAUAUAUCCUAUAUUGUUGAGUCAUGCCAAUUAACUUAGCCUAGAAUUUAAAAGUCUGAAGUAGUGUAGUUAAGAGGCAGGGGUGUUGUUAAAAAAUGUUAUAAAACUGGACUUGAUCUAUGAUCUUUGAAGAUCAGUAUCAGGCAGCUCAUCCCUCAAUACCCCAACAAGGGCAACACCUGAAGGCCAGCACAAGGCCUGUAACCUUUAUCCACUCUUACCCACUUGUGCAAGCAGAGGACUAGAUCAGUUAAAUUUAAUCACAAGGGAAUAACUUGUUAAUCAGUGCAGUGUAGUACUAGUGUGAAGUGCUAUCUGAAUGUGAAACUCCAAGACAUUGUGCAGGUAUAAAAUUAGUCUUAACGGGUGGGGGGGUCAUAGACAUUUUAUUGAAUUUGUAAUGUUUGUACCUUACAGAAUUGUACAUCUUUUUAAAAAGUUGAAAUCAAUUAAACCUGGAGUAUAAAAAGUUGCUUGAAAUUGUACAUCCUACAGUUUUGUUCAUGUGCCUCUUUAAUGUCCACAGUAAACUUUGUUCAUUCUGGAACAAAUACCAUUCCAGGGAGUUAGCAACAUUGGAUUAUAGAUUUGGCAUUAGUCAACUUCAAUACCAAGAGUGAGAAGUUUGUUCUUCUAUUUCUUUCCUCAGGAAAAAGUGAAUGUUAUCCUGGAAUUCAAGUUAAGCCUCAAGAUUCAAGUGUGACAAUUUAAAACAUUGAUUCCAGCACUAAUCAGGGGAAAAAAAAAAAAUUGCCUG